UACAAUGAAAUGUUAUCAGUACCGGCUUUCUGAUAUGAAAAAAAAUUAUCGCAGUGCACCUUCCCCGAUGAGGCAGAAAUGUGUUAGUACAAAGAUAAUUCAGUUUAGUUUUCGCUUGGCUGGCUACAGGUAAAAUAAAAAUUUUGGAAAACAUGGUUGGGGCAAAAAUACAUGUCUUACUGGUUACUCUAGUAUUGUGCGCCUUUACUACAACUUAUGCGGCAAAUAUUUUAUGUUUAAUGAAUGCGGCUUCCAAAAAUCAACAAAACUGGGCAGAUGUACUAUUCAAGGGGCUCGCAGACAGAGACCAUGAAUUAACAGUGAUUACGCCAGUCGUUGGAGGCGAGUUACAUAGAGGAAUAAAUUACUUGCUUUUGGAUGAUGUUUAUGAUGCGGUGCAAAAGAGUUUUGAAAAUGAUCAUUCAGAUACAAUGGCGAUAUUUAGACCCUUCAGAAAUACUUUGAAAUGGUAUGAACGAGAAUUGCAUACAUGUAAAGCUAUAUACGCAUCUAAAGGUUUCCGCAAAGCAUAUGAACUAAGUAAGCUUGAAGCAAGAAAUUUUGAUUUGAUUAUAUAUGAUGUAACUUAUGGGCCGGGAUGUUUAUGGCUUACGCAUUACUUCAAAGAUGUGCCAAUCGUAGGAAUUAGUGCAUAUGGAAUAACACCCAAAUUACUUCAUAUGGCACGCUCUGGAGCUGGUGCUCUGCAGCCCUCAACGAGACCACAUUUCACAAGUGAAUUAGGCGAAAACAUGAAUUUCUUUCAACGCCUUUAUAAUAGCGCUCUUUAUGGUUUUGAACAAUUUUUUAAGCUUUGUCUGGUGCAACCUGUUUUAAAAGGCAUGUACAGCCGCAAUGCAAAUGUACCAGCACAGUCAAGUGAUCAUAUAGAAGAAUUGAGAAAACAGAUAAAAAUUAUACUGGUCAACUCACACCCCACUCUAGAUUAUGCACAAUUGUUACCACCAAAUGUGAUUGAAGUCGGUGGUUUGCAUAUACAACCUAAACCGGAAACUAUUAAAGAGGAGCUACUCAAUCUUGUAAAGAAUCAUAAAAAAGGUGGAGUUCUUAUUGAUUUAGGUGACAAGUAUGCACUGAACAAAUUAACAGAAACACGUAUACAAAUCAUCUUGGAUGUUAUACAAAAACUUCCAGACAGAUUAUUUAUAUGGAAAGUGGAGAAAGCCGACAUUAAACGGUUGAAUAAGAUUCCAAAGAAUCUUCAAAUUAGUGACACAAUCUCAAACAGUGAUAUAUUGGCUCUCAACAACGUGAAAGUAUUCUUCACUCAAGCCGAUGUACUAAAUGCACAAGAGGCCAUAUACAGUGGAAAACCUUUACUAACACUAGCAUUCAACGAAGCUCAGUAUAAUUAUGCACAGCGAAUAAAGCAGCGAAAUUGCGGUAUUGUCUUAGAUUUCACAUUCACUGUAGAUACUUUGGAAAAUUCGUUAAGGGAACUGCUUGAUAUUAAAGAAAAUACCUUAACAAACAUCAGAACUUUACAACAAGCCUUUAAAUCGAGGCCACAACCACCCUUGGAAACUGCACUGUGGUGGAUUGAACAGACUAUAGCAGAGCCCCAUAGCUUUGAUCUCUUAGUGACAGGCAAGGAAGUUGAGAGAAACUUUUUCAUUGCGCAUUCCUGGGAUAUUCUUCUGCUAUUUUUGACCAUCAUAAUUGUACUGUUGAUAAACAGUUACGUAAUCUUGAGGAAUUUUGGUAAAAAUUUUAAGGCUCUUAAAGAUUCUAAAAAUAAAAAAAACAAUAGAGAUGAAAGAGCAGAUAAGGAUGCAGAAAAGAAA